AGAGGGCACGGGGAAAAGGUGGCUCUGGCCGGGCGGCUCGGCUUCCUGUGGCUAUGUAGCUCCGCUUGUCGGCUCAGGGUCCUCCUUCGCUGCCGUCGCCGCGUUGUAGCGCGGAGUUGCUGCUCGGGAGAGAGACUGUCCCCAGCGCCGCCGCGCUCCCUCGACGGCAGAGCUUGCUCGCUCGCCCGUGGGAGCGUCCCGGCCGAGCAGCCCUGAAGGGGGAGGGGAGGCCAUUUUGUCCCGACCGACUCCCCGGAACCGGGCGGAGCGGCUGGGAAAGGCUGCGGAGCUGCAGUCCCCGCCCUUGGAGGCACCGGACACCGCCACCGUCGGGGCUGCCUCGACGAGGCCGUUCGUAGGUCGCCCGCGCCCUCUCGAGCCCUCCUUUUUCCCACGCUUGCCCGGUCUUCCGGCCUGAGAACGCCGGAGCGAGGAGUUGGCCGUGGUGAGAGGGACCGAUCCCUUGGGGCCGCCGGCGGCGAGAGCCUGAGCCGCUCCUCCCAAUGGCGAAGAAGACGUACGACCUGCUUUUCAAGCUGCUCCUGAUCGGGGACUCGGGAGUGGGGAAGACUUGCGUCCUUUUUCGUUUUUCGGAUGAUGCCUUCAAUACCACCUUUAUUUCCACCAUAGGAAUAGACUUUAAGAUCAAAACAGUUGAAUUACAAGGGAAGAAGAUAAAGCUACAGAUAUGGGAUACAGCAGGCCAGGAACGAUUUCACACCAUCACAACCUCCUACUACAGAGGAGCAAUGGGUAUUAUGCUAGUAUAUGACAUCACCAAUGGUAAAAGUUUUGAAAACAUCAGCAAAUGGCUUAGAAACAUAGAUGAGCAUGCCAAUGAAGACGUGGAAAGAAUGUUACUAGGAAACAAGUGUGAUAUGGACGAUAAAAGAGUUGUACCUAAAGGCAAAGGAGAACAGAUUGCAAGGGAGCACGGUAUUAGAUUUUUUGAGACUAGUGCAAAAGCAAAUAUAAACAUUGAAAAGGCGUUCCUCACAUUAGCGGAAGAUAUCCUUCGAAAGACCCCUGUAAAAGAGCCCAACAGUGAAAAUGUAGAUAUCAGCAGUGGAGGAGGCGUGACAGGCUGGAAGAGCAAAUGUUGCUGAGCGUUGUAUUCAUCAGUUGGCCAUCCACCACCCCGUUUUCUCUUGCUGCAAAAUAAACCACUCUGUCCAUUUUUAACCCUAAACAGAUAUUUUUGUUCCUCAUCUUAACUACCCAAUCCACCUAUUUUAUUUGUUCUUUCAUCUGUGACUGCUUGCUGACUUUAUAAUUUCCUUCAAACAGCAACAAAAAAAAUGUGUAGAAAAAUCAUGUCUGUGACUUCAUUUUUAAAUGUACUUGCUAAGCUCACCACUGCAUUUCAGUUGUAUUAUAGUCUGGUUCUUCUUAUCAACAUUAAACCUAUAGCAAUCAUUUCAACUCUAUUCUGCAAAUUGUAUAAGAAUAAAAGUUAGAAUUAACAAUUUUAUUUUGUACAACAGUGGAAUUUUCUGUCAUGGAUAAUGUGCUUGAGUCCCUAUAAUCUAUAGACAUGUGAUAGCGAAAGAAAGAAACAAACAAAAGCCAGGAAAACGCUCAUUUCGCCUUGAAUAUGUAAAUGGGGUUAAUUUUGUCCUGUGCCUUAUGUGGAAAGGAACUUCUUUGGUUUUUCUUUUUUUGUUUUGGUGGAAGCAUGUGCAGGAGACAUAUCACCCAAACAUAAACCAGUAAAAUGUUUGUGGUUUGCUUGACUGUAAUUUUCAGAGUAAUUCAUUGAGGACAAUGGAUAAUGCAGAAAUGAUAGCUUUGGUUUGCUGGGUCUCAUUUUAAGUGGCCUUGAUAUUUAAAACUAUUCCUGCCCACCAUUUCUUUUCCUUGGCCACUUUUUUGUUUCUCUCCCUCCUGCAUGCUGCUUUUUUGCUUCUCCCUCUCUCCCCAACCCAUGGUAUGAAUUAUUUAAAAAUGAAAGGGGGCAAACUGGUAGGUUUAUCAGAUUUAACACAAAAGCACUGAUUUAACUUGCUAAGUAAACUGAAAGAUGAGUUCUAACUGCCUGCUAUCAACUGUCAGUUAUGUAGUGGCUUCCCUUCAGUUGUUCUCUCCCCUAAAACUUGUCCCCAGAUUCCUUCAUUUGCUGUUCCUGCAGUUCUUCUUCCUCCCUCUUUGUUCCCCUGCUGUCUGUCCAUUGAGUUUAUGAAAUGGAAGAGUUACCUGCAUGCACUAGUGUUUGGAGGGUGUUGUGGUUUGUCUUUCUGUUAGGUGAGUAGCCUGGUCACUUUCCUAGGCUGAGUCUCUCCCAUCUGAAUCCGAGUAAUCUCCAUUUUGGCAACUCCUCUAGCAGUUUGGUAGCCCAGUAAAGGUUGUUCAAAGGAGGGGGGAAAAAAAAAAAAGAUGGGGAAGGAGGAGUGAAAUUUAUUAACAUAUUUGCCAAAUGUAUUAAGAUUUGGCCUCUGAAGAACAGUUUUUCAGUGUUGAGUUGUCUUUACCUUAAGAUUUAGAAAUCCUUUAGAAUAUUACUAAUUUGAAGACCUAUCUUGACAUCCUUUUGGGAAGUUGUAUUACCAUGGAUUUGGACAAAGGACAGCAAAAGGCUUUUCAUGUAAAAAUUAGCUUUCUCUAACCCUGUCCUUUUUUCCUUCCAUUUUUCUAGUUUUGCUUCAUGACUUAUUAGGAUAGGCUAAGCUAAGUUUGCUGCGUUGCUAGCAUCCUAACAUGACACCUUUCUUGAAAUAAUUGUGAAUAGCAUGAUUCAUUUCUAGCAGAGGCUGAGUUUCAGACAGCAGCUUCCAUUGAAAAGUCUUUCCGUGGCGUGGAGAGCAUUUUAAUGCCCUCUUGGCUCACAUAAACAACAUAGGGACACAUCUGCUGUGAAAAUCCCUGAAGUUUUGAGAUAGCGCCCUAAAAACAAUUUUAUAUGCCUCACUGGUGGUGGUUUUUAGGGUUUUCCCUCACUUGACUUUCUCAUUGUUUACUACUAGUAAAAGGAGCAUUGCCAAAUAAUCUCGAAUUUUCCACUAAAAAUAAUACUGAAAUGAUGUUAAGCUUCUCAACAAGUUUUUAGGUUAAACCUAUUGUUGUUAAAUGAACUUUUAAUGUAUUUGUUUCUUCCCUUUAUCUGGAAUGUGGUAGUAGCUUUUUUUAUUUUUAACUCUUUAAUCCUUGUUAAAUUUUAGUGACUUAAGGUUUGAGAGCUAAACACUGGGAUUUUUGAGUAACAGACUGACAGUUUUGUUUGCAUAACUAUAAUUGGCAUUGUACAUAGAAAGAAUAUGGCUACCUUUUGUUAAGUCUGCACUUUCUAAAUAUCAAAAAAGGGAAAUGGAGUAUAAAUCAAUUUUUGUAUAAUUUGUUGGAAACCUGAGUUUUAUUUGCUUAAUAUUAGGGCUUUGCCCUUUUUCUGUAAGUCUCUUGGGAUCCUGUGUAGAAGCUGUUAUCAUUAAACACCAAACAGUUAAGUCCAUUCUCUGGUACUAGCUACAAAUUCGGUUUCAUAUUCUACUUAACAAUUUAAAUAAACUGAAAUAUUUCUAGAUGGUCUACUUCUGUUCAUAUAAAAACAAAACUUGAUUUCCAGCUCUGUGGUUUGGUUUUCAUUUAUUGAGUUGAAGUUGGGUUAUUUCUGUAAAUAACACAAAGCAGCAAACUAAAUAUGGGGAGUAGAGAGAAAGGAAAUAACUUACUUAGCCUGUGGAAAACUGGGAAAGCAUUUUCAAAAAUUAUUUUUGGUAAGAAACAAUAUUUAAAAAAAAAAAAUUAUCUCUGGAACAGUAAGGUAGAAUCAUCUUGGUGUCAAAAUAAGAGACGCCCAGGCCCUAGUCAAACCCGAGUUGUGCUGAAGUCCAGCUUCAACUGAAGCCAGCUGGUGACCCAGGGCACCACAGCAGGUUCGCCAGAGGGAAGACAAAGCCUGGUUUUAGCAGUGGCUGUUGCUAAAGCGUUUCCUAGUUUUUUGUGUGAACCAUAAGCCAAAACUUUGACGUUAUAGUCUUGGGGAAAAAAAAUUAAUCUGGUAUUAAGACCUUUUCAGACAAUAAAUAUUUGUUGGUAAAAUUAGCACUGCUGGGAGGAUGAUAUGUAGAGAUUUUCUUACCUGCUGGUUCAUUCCCUGUCCCCGCUCUCCCAAUAUAUUUCUGAUAGUGUAUGUACAGCAGGGCCUAGGAAUCUGCCCUUGAAAUUGGUAUAGGAAAAUCAGACAUCGCCUCUGCCCUUAAAUUUAUGAGAUCUAGUUUAGAAAGCAAAAGUAAUACCAGGUAAGCAUAUACAAAAAACCCAUUGCUGUCAUUGAUUUCAGCUCACAGUGACUCCAUAGGAUUUCCAAGGAGCAGCUGGAGGAUUUGAAUGGUUGACCUUUUGGUUGGCAGCUGUAGCUCUAAACCACUGCACCACUAGGGCUCCCUACCGAUGCAGAGCUUUCAGAGCCCUGGUGGUGAAGUAGUUAAGAGCUCAGGCUGCUAACCAAAAGAUCGGCAGUUCAGGUCCACCAGCCACUCCUUAGAAACCCCGUGGGGAAGUUCUGCUCUGUCCUAUAGGGUCUCCAUGAGUCUGAAUCGACUCAGCGGCACGCGACAAGCAUAUACAAAAGCCAGAUAGCUGAGUUCUAGAUUUGAAGUGCUGUAUUAACAGAAGAGCACGACCAGUUGGUGGGAAUAGUUGGGUUGGCUUUUUGGGGAGGAGGAACAUGAAUUGGUUUGUAGGUGUGUAGAUUGGUUGUCCAGGGCAGAGAGGAGGGCACUGUAAGAAGGGACUACAGAAGCAAGUUAGAACUGAGUUUGGCAGAUGUGAGAAACCAGAAAUCUGGACAAUGUGAUAGGCAAUGGGGAGUCAUGAUAGGCUCUUGAGAGUGGUGAGAGCAGCGAGUUUGAGGAAGAGGAAAAACCUGGCUACAAUGAUAGCAGAGGGAAAUGCGGGGUUAAAGUUAAGGGAGAUACGUGAAGGGGAAAGACUUUCUUAUGAGGCUGUUAGAUGCUGCAGCGGUGUUCUAGGUUCUUUGUGUUAUGUCCUCAUCAACCUAGUGAAGUAGGCAUUAAUAACUCAUUUUACAAAAUACACUGUCUCAGUAAUUUGCUUAAGCUAGUGGAGCUGGCUGUUGAAACCAGGCCUGACACCAGUGUUCAUCCUGUUUUCACUUAACCAUAUGACUUUUUCAGGAUUAGGUUCUAGAGUUUGGUUAUAAUAGCCAUGAUAAACAUGUGCCACAGCAAACAAAAAUAGAAGGGUGGGGUGCAGUCUUACCUAGUUAAUGUAACCAUUUAGCCUCACCUUGUUAGGUGCCAUUUAGCCUCACCUUGUUAGGUGCCGUCGAGUUGGUUCUGACUCACAGCAACCCUGUGCACAAAAGAACAAAACAGUGAGAGGGUGGAGGGGGUUAGAAGCUGGCGAAAUGGACACGAAAAGAGAGGAGGGAGAGAGCAGGCUGUCUCAUUAGGGGGAGAGUAAUUGGGAGUGUGUAGCAAGGUGUAUAUGGGUUUUUGUGUGAGAGACUGACUUGAUUUGUAAACUUCCACUUAAAAGCACAAUAAAAAUUAUUAAAAAAAAAAAACAACACUGCCCAGCCCUGCACCAUGCUCACAAUCCUU